GGGCCGCUGCGUGUGGGUCGGUGUCGGGCCCGGUGUCGGUGCGGGCCGGGGAAGGGGUUGGGGGGGCACGGGGAGGAGCCGGGGCUCCGGGCUGCGGCUGCUGCGGCCCGCUCCGCUCCCUCCGGCCGCCCCGCUCGGCCGCUGCUCUGCCCCGGCCUGUGUGAUAUAUAUCUAAAAUAGAACCCCGGCGGAGGAGAUCUAACUUUAAAUGAAAGGCCUCUGUCCCCUCCUGCCACCCCCUUCUCCCGGGCUGUGUCUGCAGGCCCCGGCUUAGCGAGGCUUUAAAUCAGCUCUUUGAGUCUACCCCCCCUUCAAUUUAAAUACCAAAAGCUCCACUUAAAGAAGCCCCGAGACCCGAGUGAGUUCCCCACUGGGCGCCCGUGCUGGGGGAAGAUGAACGCGGCCGCCAGCAGUUACCCCAUGGCAUCGCUGUACGUGGGGGACCUGCACCCCGAUGUCACCGAGGCCAUGCUCUACGAGAAGUUCAGCCCCGCCGGGCCCGUCCUCUCCAUUCGGGUGUGCAGGGACAUGAUCACCCGCCGCUCCCUCGGCUAUGCCUAUGUGAACUUCCAGCAGCCGGCCGAUGCUGAGCGUGCUCUAGAUACCAUGAAUUUUGAUGUGAUCAAAGGAAAACCCAUUCGCAUCAUGUGGUCUCAGAGGGACCCCUCCUUGAGGAAGUCAGGGGUUGGGAAUGUCUUCAUUAAGAACCUGGACAAAUCCAUUGAUAACAAGGCACUUUAUGACACAUUCUCAGCGUUUGGGAAUAUUUUGUCCUGCAAGGUGGUGUGUGAUGAGAAUGGCUCUAAGGGCUACGCGUUUGUGCACUUUGAGACACAGGAUGCUGCAGACAGAGCCAUCGAGAAGAUGAACGGCAUGCUGCUGAACGACCGCAAAGUAUUUGUUGGAAGAUUCAAGUCUCGUAAAGAACGGGAGGCUGAGUUGGGAGCCAAAGCAAAGGAAUUCACCAAUGUUUAUAUCAAAAACUUUGGGGAUGACAUGGAUGAUGAAAGGCUAAAGGAGCUCUUCAGCAAAUACGGUAAAACUCUGAGUGUUAAAGUGAUGACAGACCCCACUGGAAAAUCCAAAGGCUUUGGCUUUGUAAGCUUUGAAAAGCACGAAGAUGCUAACAAGGCAGUAGAAGAAAUGAAUGGGAAGGACAUCAAUGGGAAGAUGGUGUUUGUAGGCCGAGCACAGAAGAAGGUUGAGCGCCAGGCAGAGCUGAAGCGGAGGUUUGAACAGCUAAAGCAAGAGAGACUCAGCCGGUACCAGGGUGUUAAUCUAUAUAUUAAAAACCUAGAUGACACCAUAGAUGAUGAAAAACUGAGGAAGGAAUUCUCACCUUUUGGCUCAAUAACAAGUGCCAAGGUGAUGCUGGAAGAUGGACGGAGCAAAGGGUUUGGCUUUGUCUGCUUUUCCUCUCCAGAGGAAGCCACAAAAGCUGUGACAGAGAUGAAUGGACGAAUUGUGGGCUCAAAGCCGUUGUAUGUGGCACUUGCCCAAAGGAAAGAGGAGCGAAAGGCCCAUCUGACCAACCAGUACAUGCAGCGCAUCGCUGGGAUGAGAGCCCUGCCUGCCAACACAAUCAUUAACCAGUUCCAGCCUGCUGCUGGGGGCUAUUUCAUGCCUGCUGUGCCCCAGGCUCAGAGCAGACCCACUUAUUAUGCACCCAAUCAAAUGGCACAGAUGAGACCCAACCCACGCUGGCAGCAAGGAGGAAGACCUCAAGGCUUCCAGGGAAUGCCAAAUGCCAUGCGCCAGUCUGGACCACGGCCAGCACUGCGCCACCUGGCCCCUGCUGGCAAUGCCCCGGCCUCUCGUGGCCUCCCUGCUGCUGCCCAGCGAGUUGGAGUGGGUGCUGCAGCGCAGAGCUUGGCCCCUCGCCCGCCCGUGGCUGCCCCAGCUCCCAGAGCAGUUCCUCCCUACAAGUACGCCUCCAGUGUCCGCAGCCCGCACCCGGCUGUGCAGCCCCUGCAGGCACCUCAGCCUGCAGUCCACGUGCAGGGACAGGAGCCACUGACCGCCUCCAUGCUGGCCUCUGCGCCCCCCCAGGAACAGAAACAGAUGCUGGGAGAACGCUUGUUCCCUCUCAUCCAAGCUAUGCACCCCAGUCUGGCAGGGAAGAUCACAGGAAUGCUGCUAGAGAUUGACAACUCUGAGCUGCUGCACAUGCUGGAGUCUCCGGAGUCCCUCCGGUCGAAGGUGGAGGAGGCUGUUGCAGUGCUGCAGGCUCACCAAGCCAAGAAGGAAGCUGCCCAGAAGGUGGGCGUGGUUGCUGCUACCUCUUAAACCAGGAAGACUGGAUGCAAAGAAGCCAAAUAGCCCCUUUGUAGCCAUCAGCUGAAGAUGUUUGGAGGCUCCUCCCUGUCCUGCAGAUCUCAAUGCCAUGCGUCCUAUCACAUAGUUUAUUGCAUUUUGUAAAAUAAUCUUAUUUAAAAAGCCAAGUCUGAAGCUGUAGAUCUCCCAAACCAGAACUGGGCUCGCAAGCUUCUCCGUUGUGGCCAGAACAGAGCUACCCUUUGUGUCUUCUGAGGAGGACGCCUGGGAUUUUAGGUUGGAAGUAUUUUGUGGUUUUGGUUUUAAACACAGCAAUCCAGUUUGGAAAGUCUGGAAAGCAUUUAUCAA